AUUCAGCUCUUCCCAGCGAUUCUCCCAGGAAAACAAGGAGAUAGGCAAGGGGAAUCAAACUUCCCGCGGGCAGCGUUGAGGCGGGUCGUAAAGAGGAAGGACCGGAAGUCGCGGUUGUCAUAGCCGCGGAUGUGGUCAGCCUCUUCCCCAUUUUAUCCUCCUCCGGAUCCUCCCGCUGUUUUCAGAAGACCCGGAAAAAAAGCCAAAACGAGGAAGUGCUGACGCACCGGGCCGCACAGAUACACCCCGAGGCUAACCACUCGGACGGCCAACAGCUCUGGGACGAGGACCAGACCGGAAAUGGUGGUUUCCAUGGCAACGCCUGAGCGGUUUGCCUGGGAGAUGACCCCUUUUGGUCUCUUUGAAUCUUAGCUGUAGCAUUACCUCGAAGGAGGAUCGAACAUCCUGGACUGUCUCCUGCCAUGAUUCCCGGGAAAUACCGCUCCGUUUCUGGCCGAGCUGCAAACAAUGUGAUGGGCUGCAUAACUGGGACCAGGACUGCUCAAGCUAUUGUCUGACUGAAGCUAGGGGUUCGCGGGCUAGUCCAAAGCACUCGGAGAGUAUUUGAAUAUGGUGAACUGCGGGCUUCAUCUGGUUAUUCAAACGUCGUCACUUUCUGACAAAAACAAAGUUGAAUUCAAGCUUAAUAGAGAAACACCAUCAUUUCCUGGCAGACUGUUGCAGCAUGACCUAGAGAGAAACUACUCCAGUAGACAAGGAGAUGGAAGAGUAAUAAGUCCGUCGCCUCGUAAUAAGUCAUCAUGCAUCUCAUCCACAACAAACGUGACAGAACUCUGUGGGCUGGACAUGAGAACUGCCACAAGCUCCCUGUCAGCAUUCGGAGACUCUUCCAUUCAGACACCUUCAAAGCCCAGAAUCCGGCAGGGCUGUCAUAGUGCUGGCCCCAAUGUAUCUGGUGAUCAUAUUAAUCUGGUGAGCUCAUCAAUGCCAUCAUUUCCUAUUCUCCAGCGUUCCUCUGAAGAGAAAAUUCUUUACUCAGACAGGCUGACCCUGGAAAGACAGAAGUUGACUGUGUGUCCUAUCAUCGAUGGGGAAGAACACCUUCGUUUAUUGAAUUUUCAGCACAAUUUUAUAACUCGGAUCCAGAAUAUUUCUAAUCUACAGAGGUUAAUAUUCUUGGACUUGUAUGAUAACCAGAUUGAAGAAAUCAGUGGGCUGUCCACUCUGAGGUCUCUCCGUGUCCUUCUCUUAGGGAAAAACAGAAUCAAGAAAAUCUCAAAUCUGGAGAAUUUAAAAAAUUUAGAUGUCUUGGACCUUCAUGGAAAUCAGAUAACCAAGAUUGAAAAUGUCAAUCAUUUGUGUGAUUUGAGAGUUUUAAACCUUGCCAGGAACCUCUUGAGUCAAGUUGACAAUCUCAAUGGUCUGGAUUCUCUAACUGAACUUAACCUUCGACACAAUCAGAUCACUUCUGUGAGAGAUGUGGAUAAUUUGCCCUGCCUCCAACGCCUCUUUCUCAGCUUCAACAAUAUAUCUAGCUUUGACAGUGUUUCCUGCCUUGCUGAGUCAACGUCCCUCUCAGACAUCACCUUUGAUGGCAAUCCAAUAGCUCAAGAGUCAUGGUACAAACACACGGUCCUUCAGAAUAUGAUGCAGCUGCGCCAGCUAGACAUGAAGAGAAUCACGGAAGAAGAAAGACGUGUGGCAUCUGUUGUAGCCAAAAAAGAGGAGGAGAAGAAGAGGGAAAGUCAUAAGCAGUCUUUGUUGAAGGAGAAGAAAAGGCUAACAAUUAACAAUGUCGCUCGAAAGUGGGACUUGCAGCAACGAGUAGCCAAUCUUGCCACCACCCAGGACAGAAAGGACUCCGAGUCCCCUCUGCAGGAACCCUGUCAGAUCGAUGGAAGCGCCGCCAUCUCUGCAUUUCCAGAGGAAACAGGGUCUCUAGACCCAGGGCUCAGCAGUGCGUUACAAGGCUUGUCGGUCACAGACACACACUUGGUGGAGAUAGAAGGGGAAACCCUUUCCCUGUACGGCUCAGGGGCACUGGAAUGCCUGGAUCGGAACUGGAGUGUUCAGACAGCCAGCAUGGUCACCACCGUCUCUUUCACAUUCAUUGAGUUUGAUGAAAUCGUCCAAGUGCUUCCCAAACUGAAGAUGAAGUUUCCAAAUUCUCUGCACCUUAAAUUCAAGGAGACCAAUCUUGUAAUGCUGCAGCAGUUCAAUGCCCUAGCACAGCUUCGUCGGGUUGACCAGUUGACAAUUGAUCCUCAGGGAAACCCAGUGGUCAACUUUACACUCUGGAAAUACUACGUGCUGUUUAGGCUCAGCCACUUGGGCAUGCAGAAAAUAAAUGGAACAGAGGUGACACACAAUGAUUUGAUAAUGGCUGAGCGGCUCUUUGGAAUCCUGGCCCAUGUGGCAUCUUCCGAGUUGCCUCAGUACCGCAUGAUCUCAAUUCUGGGGGAUGCCAGGAAGAAGCAAUUCCGAUACCUAAUAGAAAGCAAAGGUAAAAAACCUGGCAUUAUCAGUGAGGAGACCAGCGACAGCAAAAGGCUCAUGGGAGAAAGCACAAAUCGUGCUACCCUGAAUUAUACCACCAGAGAAUUCUACCACGAGAAGCUGGAGGAGAUAAAGGACAAGAAGAAGUUCUGCAAGAUGUAUGUGGAAGACCUCGUGAAGGAAGCCACAACAAUCAACAUGAAAAACGAGGCUCUGCAGAAGCUGUGGCCGCAGAUGUUCAUUGAGCUGGUCAGAGACGCCGUCAUAGAAAUCCGCAGCAAGGAUUCCUACAUGAAGCUCUGCCUGCAGCAGAUCACUGACCAGAAAUAGGGAUGGCUCCUACUUCUGGUUGAUUCGAGCAAUUUUUUAAAGUUUGGCAAGAUGCAGGUUAGGCAUGUUGAGACAACACCACUGUCCCACAGACUAGAAAGGGUGGCAUCUCGCCUUGCUACCCACACUGGCGAGAAAGGAGGAAGGCAGGAGAGAGGGAAGACUCUUUUCCUCUGCAUGCUGACCACACGCUUGGGAAACCAAGUGGCCAUGGGAGGAGGCCUGUCUGCUGGGUCAGAAUGCUUCUUCACCUCCCACUCUGACUGGUGCGCCUGCUCCAGCCCCAAGCACGCAGUGUGUGAUGACAGGCUAGCAUGACUUGCUUCUCCCAACCUCCAUCCGAGACUUUUCCCCCUUUUUUGCCUUUUUAUUUUAUGUCAUGAUUUCAAAGCCAAGCAUAUGUUCUUUCUUAUGAGUGAAGAAUAAAAACAUUAGUUAAAAAAAUCAA